AUGGCUCCUCGGGGGUUGUGUCAUGGCUGUUGGGAUGAGGGACAUGCAUGGCAGCGAUGUCCUCAUCAACCUAAGGGAGGCAUUCCGGCAUUCUUAAAGCCGGAGGGUCGUGGAUCCAACGGCAAGGCACAGGUGGCGGAUGAGGAGGAGCAGGAUGACAAGGCAGAGGUAGUGGUUGGAGAGGCAGUUACAGGAGUGGGAGAGGAGCAGCCGCGAGAGGGGUGGUGGAUUGACAGUGGGGCCAGCCACAACUUUACUAUUGCUUCGGACUUCAAAAUGUGCACACCGUCACUGGGAGGAGCGGUGUAUGUCCUCAGUCUCAUUGACGACUUCACCAGACGAGUUUGGUCGUUCCCACUCCCCAACAAGGAAUCGGCCACAGUCGCAAAAGUCCUUCGCCAGUGGCAUAAGGACGUGGAGUUGGAGUGUGGGCGGAAGCUGAAGGCUGUUCGCUCCGACAGGGGUGGCGAGUUCUUGGGGGACGCUGUGAAAGCAUGGAAAGCGAAGUUUGGCAUCAAAACCCAAUUUAGUGUCGCAGAUACACCGCAACAGAAUGGGGUCGUGGAGAGGUGGCACAAGACGAUGGCAGAGGGGAUUCGCACAUUGUUGGUCGACAGUGGUCUCCCUGCUCGCUUGUGGGGUGAAGCAUUGAUGUGGGUUAUGUGGGUUAAGAACAGGGUCACCCACAGUGCUUUGCCUGCCUCCAUCACACCAAUGGAGGCGUGGUCCGGCCAGAAGCCGCAUGUGGGCAUGGCUCGGAUCUGGGGUUGCAUGGGGAGUGUCAUGCUGCAUGGGCAUGAGAAGGGUGGCAAGCUUGAUGCACGGGCUGUCAUGUGUGUCUGUGUUGGGGUGGACAUGGAGAGCAAGGGUUGGCACAUGCUGGACCCUUCUCUCAUGCUGGAUGUUGAUUUUCUUGAGAAUGUGAUGUGGAAGGAUUGGGACAAGGCAAAGAGAUUUGGGGAGCUUCUGCAGGAUGCAGCUGCGAUUUCCCAACUCCUCCCUCUUCCACUCUCGCCACCCUCAGCAACGGCUGACGACGUUGAGAUGCCACUUUCAUCACUGCCACCGGCACCGCUGAGUGUGUCGGUGCAGCAGCAGCCCACCCCUCUGCAGCAGCUCAGUGGCCCCUCGGUCAUUCAGCGGAGAUCCGCUACACAGGCUACUUCCUCUUCCUCCUCCUCUGGUCAGCGCCCUGUCCCUCUCUCUACGGGUGCCCCUCCAUCACCAGCGACUACCUCCCCACCACCGGUUAAGGGUUUGCAGGUGCUUGGUAUCCAGUCUGGUACAGGUGGUGAGGAGGUAGGGGGGGAUGCUGGUGUGGUUGAGGGCAUGCUGUGUUUGGCCAGGGAGGUGGAAGGUGUUGCACUAGCAGGUGUGAGCACCGGUGAUGUCCCACGCACACUCGCUGAGGCCCUGCAUGGCCCUGAGGGCCCUGCGUGGAAGGCAGGUACUGAGAAGGAGGUAAAUGCAAUGCGCACUAUGGGUGUAUGGGAUCCACAGCCGGUCGACUUACCUCCAGGUAAGUAG